AUGGGUGAGUCAGAGCCAGGGGGUCCUUGCGGCUUUGCCCUUGGUCCGUCAUGUGUGCGGUGUCGCCGCCCAUGUUUGAGCCUGAUCAUGGCAGUCAGAGGAGGAUACACACUGCUCUUCGCUUUAAUCUGGAUUACCUGCUCCAGCUCCACACUAUCUCAUCAGUUAACAGCUAGGAUCCGAGUGAAGAGAGAAAAUACAGAAUUUCUCAGAUUUAAUACACCAGCUGGACGUAAGAUUGAUGACCUGAAGCUGAUCCAUGUUCCCCACAGUGGAAGCAUCUAUGCCGGAGGUCGUCAGGGCCUGUUCAUGAUAAAUCCAGGAAGCCAUCCAGCCCUGAAGCAGAUAUCUGUGCCGAUAUUUAAACAGGAGUGCCCGGACAGCUCGAAUGGCUGUAGUUACAAAAUCUCUCUGCUGACAGAAGGAAGGAAUGGAAAUCAUCUGUUCAUGUGUGGAACCAGAGAGAAAACAAAGUGCUGUGAUGUGACCUCUGACUUUGUUCUUGUGAACUGCUUCACACUGGAAUAUCCAACACAAAUCAAUGAGGAGGCUUUGCAUGUCGAUGAUUCGCUAUAUUACACAGUCUCCAGUCGGAACGGCCAGACUAUUCCCAGUGGCCUGUACAGAUGGAUCAAUGGCAAAGACACCUGGCCAACAUCGAAACAAAAUGAGCAAAGAUAUGUCCGAAUCUUGGCAAACCAAGGCAAGGGGCUACUUGGAAAAGUGUACUCCUUCUACAGAGAGCAGACCCUGAGCCAGGACCUGGACAUGCCGCUCUGGAUCCCCCGAGUUUCUCAGAUCUGCAUGGCAGAUCUUGGUGGCAGUAAAGCAGUGCUGCAGAGCCGCUGGACGUCCAUGCUGACCGCACGCUUGUUUUGCGGAGACGAGGAGAACCAUCUGUCGUAUACAGAGCUGCUGGACAUGGCUGUGCUGGAAAAUGAGGAAUGGGAAAAGACCAUGAUUUAUGCCCUCUUCAAAAAUGCCUACAACUUGAGAGCAGUGUGUGUUUACAAAAUGUCCGACAUCAUUCACAUCUUCGCGAGCAACAAAUUCAAAGCUGGCGCUGAGACUUUUUCACCACGUCCUGGAGAGUGUGUAUCAGACAGUUCGGAUUUAUCACCAAACCAUCUGAGGUUUAUGGAAAAGCAUCCUGAGUUGGCGCAGUGGAUUAUGCCUGCACGGGCCCCUCUACUGUUCAGCCAGCAUCGCUACACACACCUGCUGAUGGACAGAGUCAAGAGAAGCAAAUCAGGAAAUGGCCAUACUCAUGUCCUCUUCAUGAGUCUAGAAAAUGGCAGCAUCCAUAAAAUCCUGGAGCAGGAUGGUAAACCCUUCAUCAUCGCAGAGUACGAGCCCUUCCAACCCGGGACGCACAUCUCCAGCAUGCUGCUCGACAGUAGAACCAAAAAGCUCUUUGUGAGCUCCAGCACCGAGGUGGUCCAGAUCGAUGUGCAGAACUGCAGCAUGUACGGGGAACACUGCGAUUUGUGUGUGAUGGCCCGAGACCCAUACUGCAGCUGGGACGUGAUAAAGUGCUCAGCUAAGAAUCUAUCCGGAAUACAAGAUCUGACCCAUGGAAACCACUCUGUAUGUGAAAACGCGUUGCCCAGAAUCAGCGAGUCCCGGAGAGAUAGGGGAUCCUUUCCUCACCGCGUCUCUCAAGACUCUAAAUUCUUCCUUAAAUGCCCUAUGGAUUCCCAUCAUGCCUCAUAUGUUUGGCAGCAUGGGGGCAAGAGAAGGGAGUGCGUCUCAUCUGAACAGGACUGCAUUUUGCUGAUCGACAACAUGAGCGAAAAGGACGAGGGCAGUUAUGAAUGCGUCGCCUCGGAGAACGGAUACGACAGGACGAUCGUUCUUCAGGAGCUGUACAUGAAUGGAGCUUCAGAGACCAGAGGGACUCCUGUAGCUUUAGCAUGCCUUCUGUUCCUGAGCGUCUUACACUUAUUAAGGAUUUGAACCUGUUCGCAAAGUUUCUGAAGUACAACACCCACCGCAAAUCUGGAAUAGUAAUGUGAUAGUUGUAGAGACACAAAAAGACAAGAGCAUGGCCAACACCGAGACUGAUCUUCUUGCUGUUUGCACGUGUACUUGGAGUUACAUCAUCAACCUUUUGUUGAACCUGAGUUGCAGGACUUGAUUUUUGAGUCUAGAGAAUGACUGACUGAUAAAACAAAAUUGUUCCGACAUGCAGUUGAUACAUUAGUGCAUUCACGAGUUUCCACAAAAGUACAGCUCGUUGUGGUGACGUAAAACCAUCUAACAUCCCAUUUACUCUCAGCUUAUGAUGUACUGGAAAGAUGGUGAAGGUUCACAGAGUAAUAUAUUUUCUGCAAUAGUAUUAUGUUAUAAAAUUUUUAAAAAGGCAAUUUUAUCAAAAUUCUAUUUCUCAUUUUAUUAAGUAUAGGAAUGCAUUUUUGAUCACUAUUUUGUCGCUGCUAUAGCAAGUUCUGAGUGUUUGAAAUAUGCUCUAUAAUAUAUCAGUCCAUAUGUCAAAGCGACGGGCGUAAACGAGAUUCGCUGAGACCUGUGCGAGACAUCAUAGGAUGGAAGUAAAACGUACAACGAGAAUCAAAGCGACCAACAUCUGCCAACGUUGUUAAAAGAUGCGCGCGCCCUCUUUCGAAUGCUGAUGUAAUCAAGCCGGAAGUUUUGUUUGUUUUGAUAGCAAUCAGGAAAGUUUGAAAAAGUAGGCAGUAAUCGUCAUUUAAACUCGUUUUUGUGCAAUACUUAGUUUGGAAAACAGUUUUCAAAAUGGCGGCGCUGACACUUUACGUUUCGAAGUCUCGCACAAGUCUCGUGAAGAUCGCGCGGAUAAGCGACGCCUUCCGUGGACCAAACGAACUAAAUUCAACAUGGCUAAAAACCGAAUAGGCCGAUAAGUAUAAUAUUUAAUUGCGAUUAGUUGCCGAUAUGAGUCACGAUAUAAGGUUACUAAAACCAAAAACGUAAUCGAGUAACACGUUAAUUAAGAAAUAAAGCGAGUUUAAAAAUGACUUCAGUUCUCCUUUAACAGCAUUUGCACUUUUUCCUUCUGUAAACACGUCACAUAAUUUAUUCUGUUUUGUGGAUGUACUGUAAACUGCUUGCUUUUUAACUGUACAGUGCUGUGCAAAAAGUCUUAAGCACCCUAUUUUUUCAUACAAACUUUAUUUUAUGACUUUGACAUUAUCAAGUGAGUACAAAAACAUUUGAGUUUGUUUUACAGAAAAACAAAGCUUGUAUCUGAGCAGCAUAUCUAUAAGAGACCACUUUUCAGAUUAAAAAAGAAAACAUAACUAGAUAGAGAUUGUGACUAAAGUCACGGUAAUUUGUGCUAGCUGACCAUUGUCAAUUGUAGGUCAAAGUGAAGGUCAUUUUGCAUUUUUUUUUUUUUUCAAAUCACUUAACUGUCAGUUUUUUUUUUGUUCAGCAAAAAUGUAAUUUUUUUUUUUUGAAAAAAGAUUCAAUUUUUGCUGAACAAAAAAAAACAACAACUGAUUGACAGUUAUAAGUGAUUUGAAAAAAAAAAAGCCUAUUUUUCAUGGAUCAUUCUGGAUCAGUGAUCCAGAUCAGCACCAAAAGUCAUAGCAAUGUAAUUCAGUCCAGAGGUAUUCUUCAGGUGAAAUUUGAUGAUUGGUUGAAAAGUGAGGGAGAAAUAAUGUCCUAAAAACAUUACGAGAAGAAUGUAGAAAAAUCCUGAGUGAGAGUACGACUUUGUACCAGCACUGCUUGUGGAAAUUAAUGAAGGCUACUGGGUUUUGGUGAAAAAUGAAGACGCAAGUGUGACCGUUAAAGUGUCCAGAAGAACUGUGGCUGGUUCUGCAAGAUGCUCAGUAAAAUCUCCAGCUCAUUUCCGUAUAAAACUGCACUCACUGUACCAGACUACUAUUUUAUUUAUUUUUUUUAUAAAGCAGAGGGUCAUCUCACACCAAAUAUUGACUUUGUUUCAUUUAUUAUGACUUACUGUUUUUAUAGUUUUUUAAAUGUUGUAAUAUUUAAUUUCAUUAUUUUUAAGCUACAGUAUUGCUUGACACAUUCCGAAGACUUUUACACGGUGCUGUAUGUCUAGAAUAAGAUUAUUUCCAAGUUAACUUCAAAAAUAAAACUUAUUUUGCAAAGAA